AUGCGGUUGGACGCUAAUAAGUGGACAGUAUUUCCUGGUUACUACAACUAUCUUCAUGUUUUCAGAGCGUCUGUUGUCAAAUUGCUACCAAGAAAAUCUAAGCGCAUGCUCAGUGCGAUGAUAAUAUUUUUUCUUUUUGUAGUUUUUGCUGUAUCCAAUAUUUUCAUGAUAAAAAGGAUGUUACGCCUUCAGCAGUAUCAGUCGUUUGUCAAUGGCGACGAUAUUCCUCGCAUGCGGAGUGAUACAGCGAAACAAAACCUCUCAAGCACUAUGUCAAUUAAGGAAUUGAUUUCCAAAUAUAAAUCAGAUCAGAUUAUACUUCAAGACAUUGGGUGUCAUAAUGGAUUCUUCCCUCAGAUUAGUUCAGCAAAUAUAUCAAAACUGCAGCCCAUUAUGCUCACUCCAUUUAUCAAAGAAAAAAGAAGACUAGUAUUUGCUAUCCCUGUUGUCUCGCGACAUUACAUCCUAGAAACAAUGCAAUCCUUAUUUUCGAGCUUUUGCCCUUGCCUGAGAGAACAGGUUUUAUUCGUUAUGAUGUUUGCCAACCCAACGGAUACAGAAUGGCUUCAAAACACAGCGGUGGACAUAUUGAGCUAUUUCUCAAAGGAGAUUCAAGAUGGUUUGUUGGAGGCUUUUAUCAUACCUCCAUUGUGGCACCAACUGCUACUGCCAGACUCGUUCAACUCCACAUUUAGAGACUCAAACGAAAGAAUGUUGUGGAGGACGAAACAAAAUCUGGAUUACUUCUAUUUGAUGAAUUACGCUUCGAGAAAGGCUGACUACUACAUGCAAUUGGAAGAUGAUAUUCUCGCUACUGCAAAAUAUUCAAAAACUAUCAUGAAUUACAUAAAUCUCAAAGAAGGAGGAUCAUGGUUUAGCAUGCUCUUCUCCCGACUUGGCUUUAUUGGGAAGCUAUUCAGAAGCGACGAUGUGAAGUAUAUUACAAAUGCAAUUGCAGCCUACUAUAAAAUCAAACCUGUUGACUGGAUCUUUUCGGACGUGGAACGAAACCUGUUUUGCUCACCGGAAUACAAUGAUGGUUUAUGUCAAGAGGCAUGCUCUGCCAGCCGAGUGACUGUCAUACCAGCGCAGUUCCAGCAUAUGGGUAAGUCCUCAUCGCUCAAUGGAAAAAAACAGUGGAUAAAGGAGCGUUUUUUCAACAGAAGUUGUAGACAGUGCAAAAGAAGAAAUCCUUUCGCAAACAUUACAAGUACGAUGCCUACACAUUCUUCCCACACUUUGGAAGGCGGAUACUACACUUACGAUUUCAUGUGGUUUACGAGCGUAAAUAAGGGGGAUCACCUCAUGAUUAGUUUUGGAUAUCCAUUAAAACUGACAGGAAUUCUCAUGGUUAGUGGAGUCGACCCUGCCUUGCACGAUGUGUUCUCCUCUGACACGCAGUUAUUCGCGGUGAAAAAGGAUAAAAAUGAAGUGCUGCUGGCUAAUUUCACUAUUCACGGAGACUUGAUGACUCGUCUGGCAGGAACUGAAGUGAUCGCCCUCAUUCUUCGAGUGAAUUCGAACCAUAGCACAUGGGUGAUAUUAGCUCAUAUUGAGAUAGAUGUUGAAUAACUUUCAUAACUUUUUGUGAGAGUACUGUUUUCCCCCACAUUCAUUCUUAUAUGAAAAAGUUUGAGAAUUGUUACCAGCUUAAAUUUUGUGUGUAAUCCAAAAGUGCUGGGACACCCUGCUUAUUCUACGACUCUGAAGGUUUUCUUCUUGAUUAACGAUAUACAGCGAAGUGAACGUUUUUGUAUAAAGUGACUUUUGCAUGUUAUCAUGGUAGCAGCACGCAGCCCCAUUCCCUGUGAAAGACAAUGUGAGACAGGUUUUUUCAACACCAUCCGAACUUGUGCUGCUGUACCCACAAAUUCCCUGG